UUUGUCUUUCUUCUACUCUUGUCAACAAAGUUUGGACGACACAAAUCCCAUGAAGAACGUGGUAGGACUCGCUCCUCCAUUUCUCUAAUUUCGAUUACUUAUACCACAAGCAGUACUUGUUCUGCAAGUACUGAAGGUUUUCCGCUUUAUAAAAUCUAAACAUUUAUUCUUCGGAAAUCGGAUCACCCACACCCCUCUGCCUACUCUGUAAUUGCUAUACCCUCCUUCCAUGUCUUACAUUCCCCCACACAGGCGGCAGUCCAAGGACUCCGACAGGCCCUCACCAAUACCAGAAUCUUUUCCUCCUGAUUUCAGGAGAAAUCUUGAUUUGAGGUCAUCCAAAUCUGUUAGAGAUAGAAGCAGAAAGAUUGCCUAUGCUGAACAGGGUGUAUCCACUUGGUUUGCAGUUGGUUUGGAUGACGAUAACCACUUUCCAUCUUCCGUGCAGCUUGAGCCGGUUUCCAUGGAUUUUAUUGAGAGAAGACACGGGCGGAAACCCCUUGCUUUGGUGAACCGGAAUCUGGGUAAAGUUGAGGAUGCGCAAAUCGGAGGAGAUUGUGUGACGAAGCCGUGGGUGUCUAUUGCAGACAAUGUCCUGCCGAACCUGCUUUCCUCUUUUGAGAAUGUGCGGAAUGAAGCUGUUCGCCAAAAGUUGGAAAACGUUAAGCCAACGCUGGUUGCUAGAUUUGGGAAUAUUCUUUUUCAUGGAAGCCCUUCAAUCACCCAGGAAACUACCGCAAUAGAUUUGGCUGCAGAAACCACAUUGCAAAGAACAUUUUACACAAAUCUUCCUAAUUCAGACGUAGAAAAAAUCAUGGGGGAAGUUGCUGGAAAGAUUGAAGUUGAUUUUGAAGAGGAGAAAGAUUUAUACCGUGUAAAGUUGUCUGAUGCCACACAUCCAUAUUCAACUCUUUCGUGCAAAUGUAGGGUGAUGAAAGAACAUAAAAAGCUUCAGCUUUAUAAGGCAAGUUUCAGCUUAAAGUCAAUGCACAUUUCUGGUUUUGGUUAGAGAGUUGAUGAUUUGUUCACUUUCCUGUUUUGUUAAUUUUAUGUGACAAAUACCUCAAUGUACUGUA